UGAAUAUCUUUUCAUUUGUUUUUUUUUUCCUCCAAGAUACCAUUUCUUCACACUUCACAGUGCAAGAAAGCGAGUGGGGACUGCACUGCUCACAAAUACCAGGACCAAGAUUUAAGAUGAAGAUCAGAUGAUGAUGAGAUGGAGAGCUCCUCCUCUGUUUGCCAAGCAGAGAAGAGCUCCAAGAUGACUAAGAAGGAAAGGACUGCUUUACAACAUCAGAGGUUGGUAGCAGCAAAUAACGACCGGCAAGGCCUUGUACCACGUGUGUGCAUAGAUCUCAGUCUUGGUCAUCUAAUGAAUGAAAAGGAGAUGAGGAGCCUUGUUUGCCAGAUUAGACAGAUCUAUGGAUUUAACCGAAGAGCCGAUCAUCCCAUGCAGAUUUGGCUAACCAGUCUGGACACAGAGGGCGACAUUUAUAAAACAUCCCUUCAAAAGAACGAUGGAUUUGAACUCUAUGUGAUAAACAAGACAAGUCAGCAUUACAGUGCAAUAUUCUCCCAGGAAGACGUCAUAUAUUUGACCCCGGAUUCUCCAAAUGUUUUGACUGAAAUAGAGGCGAGCAAGGUGUAUAUAAUCGGUGGACUGGUGGAUGAAUCAGUGAUACCUAAUGCGACCUUUGACCUUGCAAAGGAAAGAGGCUAUGAUACUGCCAAGCUCCCUAUAAUGAGAUGCAUGAAGCAUGCUGAGAAAGGAACAUUUAGCACAGUUCUUGCCAUAAACCAAGUGUUUGAGAUCUUGCUGAGGUAUUACAAUGCCGGAAGCUGGGAAUCUUCUGUUGUCUCCGUAAUGCCGAAGAGGAAAGGGUUUAUUCCAAGAUGACUGGUCAGAUGUGCCUCAAGCAAGCUGCCAAGUUCAUUCAAGAAUGAAAACAACUUUGUAGAUAUGUGAUGGCACAUAAGAUACAGUUGAGGCCAGUAGUUUAUAUACACCCAGGAAAUUCAAAGAAAAGUUGACACUUGCCAAACAUC